ACGUGCCUGAGAGGCAAGGUGGAUGGCCCUGGGACAGAGGCUGUUCAUCACUAUGUCCCGGGGAGCAGGACGUCUUCAGGGCACGCUGUGGGCUCUUGUCUUCCUAGGCGUCCUAGUGGGCAUGGUGGUGCCCUCGCCUGCAGGCACCCGCACCAACAGCACGCUGCUGGACUCCAGGGGCUGGGGCACCCUGCUGUCAAGGUCUCGAGCUGGGCUAGCUGGAGAGAUUGCCGGAGUGAAUUGGGAGAGUGGCUACUUGGUGGGGAUCAAGCGGCAGAGGAGGCUCUACUGCAACGUGGGCAUCGGCUUUCACCUCCAGGUGCCCCCCGACGGCCGGAUCAGCGGGACCCACGAGGAGAACCCCUACAGCCUGCUGGAGAUUUCCACAGUGGAGCGGGGUGUGGUGAGUCUCUUUGGAGUGAAGAGUGCCCUCUUCGUUGCCAUGAACAGUAAAGGGAGAUUAUACACAACGCCCAGCUUCCAAGAGGAAUGCAAGUUCAGAGAAACCCUCCUGCCCAACAAUUACAAUGCCUACGAGUCAGACCUGUACCGAGGGACCUACAUCGCACUGAGCAAAUAUGGACGGGUAAAGCGGGGCAGCAAAGUGUCCCCGAUCAUGACUGUCACUCACUUCCUCCCCAGGAUAUAAGGACCCUCAAAGAAGGCUCACAGAUUGAAAGCAACAUCUUUUGUUUUGGAAUUUUGCACAAAUGAACAAUUCCCCUUACCUCCCACCCCCCAUGACUCCUCAGUCAGGCUUUUCCUGUACUUGGGGAGACCUGAGUUGGUUCCCUGGGUGACCGGACCGCAUGGUAUGUAACCAACCCAAGAGAGAGGUUGCGACCAACAUCCUAGAAUGGCAAUGGAUGCAUGCUGUGACCUCAGCUGAGGAAAGAAGGUACAUGUGGCAUAUGACCACGUGCACAGGAAAAGGCCAGGGUGGGAGUAUUCGUGUGUGUUGAUGUAUAUCCAUACAUCUUCAUGUAGAUGGUCUGAGAAAAGGCAUUGCAGAGCAUUGGGUUUCUUUCU